AUGGACGUUCAAAGUACUGCUAGAGCUGCACGAAGGCUAAGUCGUAAAAAAAUAAAUGGAGAUGGUAAAUGUUGAUGUAAUCUAAACUCAAAAGAAUCGAAUAAUUAUUGUAACAAAUCGUAAAAAAUAAUUAUGCAACAGUCGUACAAAAGCAGAAAUUCAUGGACUAUUCAGAGAACGAGACACGAGCCGCGGAACUGAGAAUCGAGCAUCACACGAAAAUAUUUGCCUCGAUGUGUCCGGAUGAAAUUCUAGAUCAUUAUAACGAUUAUGAGACCAGAAUGUAUUACACCACUUUAAUGCUUGGCGAUAUAUCAGGUUUCACAGAACUGGCCGAGAAAUUCACUAAAGGAAAAGGCGGACCAUCGAAACUGACAGAAACAUUGAACAGUUACAUCGGCGCUAUGGUACAGGAAAUACUUUCCCACAACGGUGACGUAUUGAAAUUUUCUGGUGAUGCGUUUAUCGUGAUGUGGAAGCUCCACGAAGGAAUGAUAAUGCGGGACUUAGCUAUAGAAGCAAUGCAAACUGCAUGUGUCAUUCAAAAACACUUUGGAUCUUACGAUACUGAAGUUGGAGUGACUUUGAAAGUAAAAUUGGCCAUUGCUUCUGGAAAAACAUACUUCACAUCUAUUGGAGAUCAAGACAGUAUGUCUCACUAUAUUAUCACCGGAAAACCGGUGUGGGAUGUGAAAUUUGCCGAAGCCCUUUGCCGAGGUGGUGAUAUCCUAGUGGCACCUAGUAGCUGGCAAUGGGUAAAUCCAAACGAAUACGUCCACGAAACACUUCCAGAUGGUAUACAUACUCUUAUCAUAACUUGCACGAGUAUGUGGUACCAAGCUAAAGAUGAGGAAUUAAUGGUUGCCAUAGAGGGUAAUGAAGAGAACGGACACUUCACGAAUUUUUAUGAUUCACCGACAACACCGAGGAUGAUCGAUCGUGAAUCUGAAGCGGUAAUAAUGAGUCUAAUUGGCAAGCCUUACGAAAUUGGAAAUUUUAAGCAAGUCGAUUACAGCUGUAAGCAAGACUGUCAUUUUUUUUUUUCUAAAUAA